AUGAAGGUAAGUCUUCGAAAAAACGUUUUUGUUGGUCAAGUUCCAAGUUUUCUGGGGCCAUUCACUGAGAACACAUUUGUUAUUUCCAGACCCUUCUCAUCCUGCUCGUUCUUUUGUCCUCAAUUCUGGCGAAACCGCUGUCGAUCGAGAUCAAAGGACGUCUUUUGUGCCGCGAAAAGCCGGAGCAGUACGCCGAACUGCAACUCUCUUUCUACGUGACUUUGGGUCAGUUUUUGCGUUGAAAAAGCGAAAUUUUGGAGCGAAAUUGUAUAACAUUCGAUAAAUCGACGUUUCAAAGUGAAUGCGCUGUGAUUCUUUGCGAGGGUGACGAGGAAAAGUCGAGUACAUUCGGAAUUUUUGCGAGUUUCUCGUUGCUCUUUGUUAGUUUUGAUCAUAAUGAACUCGUUCCCAAAAAAUCAAGUAAAAUAAAUCAGUAUUGUUCGAACAGCACGCAUCAGAAGUUUUGGCGCACAGAAGAAGAGAGCGCGCCGCCGUCCGCCGCCAGUCAUAUUUUGAACAAAGCUGUUUUGGCAGUGAUCCCUAGACAUUUUUGCGAGUUUCUCGUUGCUCUUUGUUAGUUUUGAUCAUAAUGAACUCGUUCCCAAAAAAUCAAGUAAAAUAAAUCAGUAUUGUUCGAACAGCACGCAUCAGAAGUUUUGGCGCACAGAAGAAGAGAGCGCGCCGCCGUCCGCCGCCAGUCAUAUUUUGAACAAAGCUGUUUUGGCAGUGAUCCCUAGACAUUUUUGCGAGUUUCUCGUUGCUCUUUGUUAGUUUUGAUCAUAAUGAACUCGUUCCCGAGAAAUUAGAAAAAAUGAAUCGGUAUUCUUCGAACAGCACGCAUCAGAAGUUUUGGCGCGCGGAAAAAGGCUUGGGGAGCGCGCCGCCGGCCGGCGAAAUAAGCAGCCGACAGUUCACAAGACGACGGCCGAACUUUCUCCUUCUCCUCACUGCACACACUCGCAAAGAAUCUGAGUUUUAGUCGUUUUUCAUUUGAAUUCAGAAUAGAAUUUUCUCUGUUUUCUAUUGACGCCGGGCAGGAGAUCACAUUCACCUCAAAAGGCCGCGAUAAUAGUUUGAAAUUGCAAUCGAGUUCCCCCAAAACUUUGAGAUUUUCAGGGCAGAGUUUCAUUCUGGCGCGUGACGUUUUCACCGACGCCGACGGCUACUUUUCGAUCCGCGGAUCGAAGGAUUUGUCGUACGAAAUGACGGGCCGUCUCCAGGUGAGCCUCAAUUCCGAAUUCCGGAACCGAAAAAUGUUAUUUCUGUUCCAGGUGCUGCACCGAUGUUUCGCCCAGCCCGAAGAGCAACACGAUCCGUGCGUGCGCAAGUUUGAGGUCGACGUGCCGGCGGCGCUCGUGACGGCCGGAGUGUUCCCGCGCACGUGGCAAAUGUCCGACAUUCGGCUCGAGGAUGUCGGCGGUCAGUGGACCGAGUGUCCGUGA